AGCCCUUUUAGACAGAUCAAAGCUGCAGCUUAUACUACUCACUGAUCAUGGCCUUGCGUCUCACCAUUUUCCUACCUCUCAUCUUCUUCUUUCUUUGUCUUGUUGCUUAUGAGGUAUGAAUGUAUGAUCAACUCACUCAUUCAGCAAACGCUACUGCCCUCUCUCGUCUCCUCUCAGGACUCAGGAGUCCUCUGUGACUGUUACUCUGUCACCUCUGUGCCUCUGUCCUCGCACGGACGGCACUGUUGCACCUCGCGAGUCGCCACCAAACACGGAACACCGGCGACCGGUCGCCCCUCACGGGUCAGCAGGAGUCCUCCUUGGUUCCUAAUCUCCUUCUCACACUCUGUCACAGAUAUUUGGAGCCGCUGACAAUCUCUUUGGAUAGAGAGAAAUGGUCACUGGUCCAAUUUCUGUUCUCCUCAUCUUAUAGUGGAUACGGAACCUCAAGCUUGAAACAAAAGAUCCAUUUGUUUUCUGUGACUUUGAAGUGUCCUACAUUACUGCAACUCCCAUAUCUUCUCAACCCCUUCCUCUUUUUGAACAUGUCUUCCUUUUGCUGUUCUGGGAAGAGGUUUGUCAGUAAUGAAGAGGUUCGAUUAUAUCUCAAGGCCAAGGAUUUUGUGAUGAUAACACUGGUUGAAGCAACAGAUCACGCAUUGAAUUUGUGCCAAUGCAAUGAGAACCAAAACAGAGAAACACAAAUAAAUAGAUACCAAAGCUCACUGCAUAAGUCUUUUCACUUUGGAUCUCAUCGAAUCCAAAUACUAAGAAAGAUAGAGUAUUUUUUCAAUGCAUACAUUACAUUGUUUGAAUCCUUACUUGUUCUUUCGGGGUUUCCGUUUGAUGAAUAUUUCUAUGCCGGAAACCGUGAGUCUUGGAUAUAAUUGGAGAGUACUGAGAUAGAGGGUAUGCCCCAUUUUUCCAAAUUAUCAAUUUAUGUACUUUGCAGCUCUUUUGGUCAAAGGGUUUUCCACGGCUUUUGUUGUUUUAGCAGGUUUUCAAUUGGUGAUAGUUUAGUUAAUGGGCUUGGAAGCAUAGAGUGCCAUUUGAAUGAAAGUUGGAAAAGUCCGAAUUUUGAUCACAGUUUUGAGGAGAAGCUAAAUUCCGAUGUGUCACCUGGUUCGAUGGGUGUUAAUGGAUUUUCUGAAGGCCCUUCCCAUCAAAACUUUUCCACAAGGAAAAAUUUUGUUGGCAAUUUUAGAAGUGAGGCUCAGAUGAUUCUUGGAAUUCUUCAUAGAGGUGAUCCCCAGUUUGAUGCAAAAGCAGCUUUAGAUGAUUUGCAUGUUAGGCUUACUGGCCUUCUAGUGAGGGAAGUUCUCUUAGGGAUAUUGAAAACUGCAAAUAAGAAAAGUUGUGCCGAGAUGGGGUACAUGUUCUUUGAAUGGUCUGGUAAGCAGGAAAACUAUAUGCACACUGCAAAUUCAUACCAUUUAAUGAUGAAAAUUUUUUCUGAGGCAGGGGAAUUCAAGGCCAUGUGGGCACUAGUAGAUGAGAUGAUCGAGAAAGGUUACCCAACAACUGCUCGUACUUUCAACAUAUUGAUAUGUACUUGUGGUGAUGCGGGAUUAGCUAGAAAAGUAGUGCAAAGGUUUAUUAAGACAAAGACAUUUAACUAUAGGCCAUUCAAGCAUUCAUUUAAUGCAAUUCUACAUACUCUUUUGGCUGUAAAUAAUUACAAGUUGAUUGAAUGGGUAUAUCAGCAGAUGUUGGUUGAAGGUUAUUCCCCAGACGUUUUAACUUAUAAUGUACUCCUGUGUACGAAGUAUAGGCUGGGAAAACUAUAUCAGUUUCACAGAUUACUCGAUGAAAUGGGAAGAAAUGGGUUUUCACCUGAUUUUCAUACGUUCAAUCUCUUUCUUCACAUUCUUGGAAAAGGGGACAAACCACUAGCAGCUCUUAGUCUUUUGAACCACAUGAAGGAAGUUGGAUGUGAUCCUAGCGCUCUCCACUUUACAACUCUGAUUGACGGGCUCAGUCGAGCUGGCAACUUGGAUGCAUGCAAAUAUUUUUUUGACGAGAUGAUAAAGCAAGGGUACUUUCCUGAUGUUGUAUGUUACACCGUGAUGAUAACAGGUUAUGUUGUGGCUGGGAAUUUUGAUGAAGCUGAAGAGCUUUUUGGUGAGAUGAUAAGCAAGGGGCAGCUACCAAAUGCGUUUACGUACAACUCCAUGAUCCGCGGGCUUUGCAUGACGGGGAAAUUUGAGGAUGCUUGCCUUAUGUUGAAAGAAAUGGAGUCGAGGGGAUGUAAUCCGAAUUUUCAUGUUUAUAGUACUCUAGUGAGUUGCUUGCGGAAUGUUGGAAAGCUUUCAGAAGCCCAUCGAGUAAUAAGACAGAUGGUGGAUAAGGGGCGCUAUAUCCAUCUUGUAUCAAAGAUAAAAAGAUGUAGAAGACGAUAAAUUUUCUAUUUAAAUUCUCUUCAUAUUCUGAUCUUGUCCUAAUAUCUGUAACCAUGAACCUGCAAUAUUCAUCUUCACCAAA